AUGGACGAGCCAUUGUUGGUCUCGGGAAGUUACGAUCAGUGCGUGAAAUUCUGGGACGUCGGGCGAGGCGAUGCGCGAGAAACAUUCACACAUAAGGAUGCCCAGAUUAAUGUGAUGCGCCAUUCAUUGGAUUGCACUCUUCUGGCAAUCGCUGGCUGGCAACAUCUACGUACAUCACCUCCAGCGAGUAUCGCCACCGGCGCAGCACUCAAAAAUGUGACAGCGGUCGGUUUCGACGACCGAAAUAGAUGGGUUUUCUCGGGUGCUGAAGAUUGCACGGCAAAACUAUGGGAUUUUCGCGCAAAUUUCGAUUGUCGUCGUGUAUUGCAAACCAACGCUCCAGUGAAUUGUGUAGUUGCACAUCCGAAUCAGGUUGUGCUUAUUAUAACGGACACUUCUGGAUCGAUCUACUUCUGGGAUCUGCGAUGCGAUAGCACGAGUAUCGCCACCGGCGCAGCACUCAAAAAUGUGACAGCGGUAGGUUUCGACGAUCGAAAUAGAUGGGUUUUCUCGGGUGCUGAAGAUUGCACGGCAAAACUGUGGGAUUUUCGCGCAAAUUUCGAUUGUCGUCGUGUAUUGCAAACCAACGCUCCAGUGAAUUGUGUAGUUGCACACCCGAAUCAGGUUGUGCUCAUUAUAACGGACACUUUUGGAUCGAUCUACUUCUGGGAUCUGCGAUGCGAUAGCAGCGAAGCAUUCCACAACCUAGACCUCGAUCUCUUCGAACAUGUCACUUAUGUUGACAUCAACAGAGCUGGUGAUACACUGAUCGGUGUGACAAAUAAAGGAAAAGUUAUUGUAUGGACGUUAUCAACGUUUAUAUCUCCUGCAAACUGCAGAAGUGCGCUUAUGCUGCAAGAAAAAUCAAGAGUGUCUGCCCACACAAAAUACGCACUAAAGUGUCAUUUUUCACCGGAUAACAAGUGUUUUGCAACAACUGGCGCUGACGGCUUUGUACGUUUGUGGGACACUGCAAACACAUCAAUGCCCAUGAAUUCUAUUGAUGUUACUUCGGAUAUGCACAGAACUACUCAUUCAGAUAGGAUGGAACAGAAAUGGAUUUGGGAUUGCGCUUUCACAUGUGACGCGAAAUAUCUUUUUACCGCUUCGGGUUACCAGCUAAGACUGUGGAAUCUUGAAACCGGAGAGGUAGUGCGUCGAUACCAGGGACACAAUAAAAUGAUCACUUGCUUCACGUUUAGCGACGGCGGCAUUCGUAAAACAGUGCGGCAAAAUGUUGUUAAUGGUGAAUAUGCAUGA